UUUAUUUCGUUACGACACCAGCAACGACAGAAGCAGAAGUCGUGGUGAAAACGAGGCGGUCACUUCACACCCACGAAGAAAAAGAAAUGAGCGCGAGAGGCGGAGAUCAAGUUGCGUUUACACCUGGAGUUGGCGAAGGACACCCUGAGGACUUUUUCCAAGACACUGAAGGAAGGGCUGACUUGGGCCAGGGUGUGUUGGAACUACACAGUGCGGCCUCACAGACAGUUGCUAAUGCCGGCUUUUUGAAAACCGAAGGAGACCCUGAGCUCAUCUCCAUUUCCAUUAAAGAAGAGGAUUCUCAGGUGGGCAUAGCUGAGGAUCCAGGUGACUGUAUUAAGCAGAUAUUCAUCGCAGCUAAGGCAGAAGAGGAGGAGUGCAGGAUUAAAGAGGAGGUCUCAGAGGUGGAACUUUCUUCUGUUAUUAAAUGGCAGGUGCUUCCUACGCAGUUUGCAGAUGAUGCUAUUUUCACUCACCAAAAAGUACCUGAGGGUCUGUCAUUGGCUCAGCAAGACGUCGAGACUGCAGGGGAUGAAACCCAGCAUGAGAAUUUAGGAAAGAAGCUGUUGUUGAGAAAAAGUCCAGGAAGCUUGCAGAAAGUCUCUGCUGCGAGCGAGUUGCCCUUCUGUAAAUCACACCACCUCAAACUCCCGCAGAUAGCAAAAACAGGUAAAAAAAAUUUCCAAUGCAACGACUGCGGAUACACUUUCAAACAGGCCACAAGCCUUAAACUCCACCAGAGGAUUCACACGGGAGAAAAGCCAUACCAGUGUACUGAAUGUGGAAGGACUUUCAGUCAGGCUACCAGCCUGAAAUGCCACCAGAGAAUCCAUACGGGAGAAAAGCCUUAUGAAUGUCCUGACUGCGGGAAGACUUUCAGCCAGAAUUCGGAUCUUAGGCAACACCAGAGAAUUCACACUGGAGAAAAACCGUACCACUGUAAUGACUGUGGAAAGACUUUCCGACAGAUUACCAGCCUCCGCCAACACCAGAGGAUUCACACUGGGGAAAAGCCUUAUGAGUGUACCGAAUGUGGAAAGACUUUCAGACAGACGACCAGUCUUCGACAGCACCAGAGGAUUCACAAAGGAGAAAAACCAUAUCAGUGUACAGAAUGUGGGAAAACAUUCUACAUGGCAUCCAAGCUAAAAUCGCACCAGAAAAUUCACACAGGUGAAAAACCAUUCCAGUGUACAGACUGCGAAAAGACGUUUAAUAUGGCUGCCAGUCUUAAACAGCACCAGAGAAUUCAUACUGGAGAAAAGCCAUACCGGUGCACCACAUGUGGGAAAACCUUCAGACAGUUGCCAGGCCUCCGACAACAUCAGAGAAUUCAUACAGGAGAAAAAACGCACCAGUGUAUCGAAUGCAGAAAGACAUUCAGUCAAAAUUCAGACCUUCGAUAUCAUCAGCGAAUUCACACAGGGGAAAAACUAUACCAGUGUAACGAAUGUGCAAAGAUUUUCUCCGUGGCUUCUAAACUUAAAGCUCACCAGAGGAUGCACAUGGGAGAAAAGCCGUACCAGUGUGCCGAAUGUGGAAAGGCAUUCAGCCAGGCAGCUAGUCUGAGGCAACACCUAAGAACUCACACAGGGGAAAGACCGUACCAGUGCUCCGAAUGUGGGAAGGGCCUCAUCAACGCUGUAAACCUGAAGAUUCACCAGCGAAUUCACACCGGAGAAAAGCCGUACCAGUGUACAGAGUGCGGAAGGACUUUCAGCCACGCCACAAGCCUGAAAUUCCACAAGAGAACUCAUACGGGAGAGAAACCGUACCAGUGUACCGAAUGUCGAAAGACCUUCAGCCGCAGCUACAGACUUAGACAGCACCAGAAAAUUCAUAUGGAGGAUAAAAGUACAGAACACGCAAAGGAAUAGGCAGGGACACCAAGUCACCUGGGGCCUCAUGUAUAAAUGGUGC